UGCGUGUGUCUGGAAUAAGCAGAAGGAGCUUUCCUGCGUGAGGACUCACAGCUAACAGGGACACACCAACCCUCCACACGCUCCGCCAUUUGUGGGCUCUGCUGCAACUACGGACACCUGUAUUGCGCAAAGCUUUAGCCAAAAUUACGAUUGAAAUCAAGUACAGCUCGCUGUCUCCCGGUAACGGGAGCGACCACCGGCCACCGGGGAUGUCGCGUGCCAAAAGCAGACUGAACGCCUCGAGGGAGACCAAGGACAGCGUCACUCUGCUGCCCUGCUUCUACUUUGUGGAGCUACCUAUCCUGGUGUCCUCGGUCAUCAGUCUGUAUUUCUUGGAGUUGACGGAUAUUUUCCAGCCCGUGCAUUCUGGUUACAGCUGUAAUGACCGCAGCCUCUCGUUGCCUUACGUCCUUCCCAGACUGGAGGUCUGUCCACUGCCUCUGCUCUUCAGUUUGGCCUUCACAGCACCUGCUGCCACUAUUCUGAUAGGAGAGGCUAUACUGUACUGCUAUUUUUCCAGGAGGUCAUCGGCCACGCAGACGGAGGCCGACAUCAGUGCUGCGGGCUGUAAUUUCAACUCCUACAUCCGCAGAACUGUACGCUUCAUAGGCGUCCACAUCUUUGGCCUCAGCGUGACGGCACUGAUAACCGACAUUCUGCAGCUGUCCACCGGUCAGCACACCCCUUUCUGGCUCGAUGUGUGCAAGCCCAACCUGACCUACAUCAACAUGUCCACUUGUGAUGAAGCUUACAUUCUGGAGGAUAUCUGCUCUGGACCCGACGCCAGACUCAUCAACGAUGGGAGGAAGUCCUUCCCCUCCCAGCAUGCAACACUGGCUGCGUUUGCUGCCGUCUACAUAUCGAUGUACUUCAACACCAUGCUGACUCACUCUGCCAAGCUGCUGAAGCCGCUGCUGGUCUUCUCUUUCGUCAUGCUGGCCGUCCUGGUGGGACUGACCCGCAUCAUCCAGUUCAGAAACCACCCCGUGGACGUCUACUGCGGGUGGGGCCUGGGGGCGGCCAUCGCCAUCUAUCUGGGCGUAUACGCGGUAGGAAAUUUCCAACCAAGUGAAGAUGACUCACGGGGUCCACCUCUCCCCCCCAUCCUGAGAGAGCCGCCUCUGUCCUCCCUGGCCAACGUCAGCCACUCUGCCCUUAGCAACAGCCACCAAGGUCAUCACACCCUGGCUCCCAGCCACCAGGAGUCUGUCAUUGCAAGGACCUCCUCCCACGCCCUGUCCUCUGGCCAAUCAGGGCCCAUCAUGACGCUCAGCGCCUCCUACAGAGAGCCCUCCAUGAGCAACCUGAAACGCGCCAGCACUGAGGUGGAGGUGCUGAAUCCCGCCAGUCCCUCAGGGAACCGGGACAGCGCCGUGAUGUUCAGCAGCAGCACGCUCCCCAGGUCCCAUGGAGCCUCCUCAUUGGAUGAAGUUCGCAACUCACGACGUCACAACGCCAUCCACGCCUCGAUGGACUCCACCCGCUCCAAACAGCUGCUCAGCCAGUGGAAGAACAAGAACGACAACCGGAAGCUGUCCCUGCAGAUGAUGGAUGGAAUAAGGUCCGUCUCCUUGUCGUCUCCUCAGAGGAACAUGGAGGCGCGCUGCAGCUCCGAACAGCCUGCGGCGGGCCCAGAGUCAGAGCCCGGCGGGGGCCACAUCUCCAAAAGCCCCGCCCAGGAAGUGGAAAUGUGUGCGGGCACCCACAUCCCCGCUCAGUACAUCAAGCUAGCAGCCGUGGCCAACAACAACCACCUGGCCCUCAACGGGAGCAACGGCAUGGUCCCCGGGGCCAGGGUCUCCGUUCAGUCCCGACCCGGGUCCUCGCAGCUGGUUCACAUCCCCGAGGAGGAGAACCCGGCGAGCAGGGACCAGGAGAGCGAAUCAGAGGAGAGCGUGGUGGACGGAGGCGGCUCGGUGAGGGAGAAGUGGCUCCGCGUGGCCGAGAAGAGCUCGCUGCCCUGCAGGCCGCUCAGCGCCGGGGGGCAGCCCCGCCUCAUGCAGGUUAUAGCCUUUUCCAAACAGCAGGGCAUGCUUCACUCCCCCCGCUCAGAGGACAGCGGGAGUACGGUCAGCUGCUCUGGAUCUAUCCGGUACCGAGCUCUUACUGACCAAGACACGUCCCCCCCAGCGUCCACCACCGGAGCCGUGGGAGGAAGAGGUCUCAUAGUUCGGGUUGACGCCCACCCCGAGUCCAGACACAACAAACCGGAGGUAAAGCCUCCCAGCACCGACGGCAGCGGCUCCUGGAGGUGGAAACCCCCGGAGCUACGGUCGGGAAACGCAGUGCGAUGGGGACGGAGAUGGACGGGGGGGGGGGAGGUGUAUAACAGCCAUCCACACGUGGUUCACCCCCUACACCCCCUACACCCCAACAACCCAAACUAUAACCCCAACAACCCAAACUAUAACCCCAGCAACCCCAACAACCCCAACAACCCCAACUAUAACAACGUUCACCCCAACAACCCCAACAACCCCAAUUACCCCAACUAUAACCCCAACAACCCCAACAACUACCAGCACCCCGCCUUCCACCCCAACAACCCCAGCAACCCGAACUAUAACCCCAACAACCCCGGCAACCCGAACUAUAACCCCAACAACCCCAGCAACCCAAGUUAUAACAACGUUCACCCCAACAACCCCAGCAACCCCAACUAUAACAACGUUAGCAACCCGAACUAUACCAACGUUCACCCCAACUUCAACCCAAACAACGUUCACCCCAACUUCAACCCCAGCUCCAGCCUGCCUUUCUCCCCCUUCCCCCCCCCCCCCCAGGCGCUGACCACCAUCCGGGUGACCCCCGUGGAGGGAACCACUAGCGACGGGGGGUCGGACUGCCCGUCCUCCGCCUCCUCCAGCCGGGAGUCCACUCUGAGGAAGAAGGGCAGCGCCGGUGACCAGGGCCCCCCCCCCGACCCCCACAGAGCCCCGGGCCCCGGCGAGGACCAGGAGAGGAACAGCCGUUUCCACGACAACCUGCGGAGUUUCCAAGAAAACCCGAACCACCAACAGAGUUACAGACAGAUGCAGAGUGUGUUCGCUCACCCUAACCCCCCCCCCCCCCCCCACCCUACCCCGCCCUGUCCUCACCCACAACCCACCCUCCAAUCUAGGGCUGGCCUAUAA